AAACUGACUUUUUGUCCUGUUUGCAUUAUUUCAAUGGCGUCUGUAAAUAUUUCUCAACUGAUAGAGAAGCAAGUAUGGACAAGUGUUUUCAAGAGAACAUGGAAUAACAAUGAAGUCGAUUUAACAAAAGAUGGAGACAAGGAAAUAGUAUUUGAAAAUUCGUUUACUGAAGUAAAACAUGAUGAAUAUUUGAAUACAGAUCAUACAUUGAAUAUUCCGUUUAAAAAUUCUGAUUUUCUCACUUCAAGAAAAAAUACAUCGGAAAACGGGGUAUUUGUUACUUCGGAGAAAACAUUGAGUGACAAAAUGUCUGAAAACAACGAACAAGAUUCUUCUAGGCUUAAGAGGUUGUCAUCUUCAGGUCCAACGAAAGAAGGAAAUAUGGAAUUGCUCGAGGAACUUUACGAUAAAAACGUUGAUGAAAUUGAUUAUUUUGAUAGUGAUGAGGAAUAUAUGGAAACACAUGGACAAAGAUACGACGAAAGAAACAUUAUGGAUCCAUUCGAAGAAUAUUCUCAAAAACCUUUAAAAGGCAGAUAUAGUGAAGGAGUGGAACAGUAUAAAAACAUACCUGUCUACAGAAGAUCAAUACAGGCAUUUGCAAAAACCAAUCAUUUUGAAGUUCAUGAUGUCAUUCAUGAUGGGAACUGCAUGUUUCGAGCACUUGCUGACCAGUUCAUGAUAAAUGGUCGGAUCGGAUUUACCGCUGAGAGUCUACGAUGUACAGCAAUACAGUAUCUAAAAAAGAAACCUAACAAAAAAGGCGGCGAUCAUAUUCAGUCUUUUCUGUGCACCGAGUCAUGGGAGGAUUAUCUCUCUAGAAUGUCUAGAUCGAGUGAAUGGGGGGAUCAUCUUAUUCUCCUGGCUGUGGUGGAAGCCUUUAACCUAGAAGUCAUUGUUUAUAAUGUCUUCCUGGACGACAUAAGGAGAACUGAAGUGAAACCAGAAAGUAGAAGGAAUGGGAUACCAAUGCAGAUAUUUCUAGGACAUUUGGGAGAAUUUCAUUAUUUGAGUCUGCGCCCUGAUCAUUGGACAUCGUCUUGGCCUUACAAGUCCCUCUUGUAUAGACUCGUAGUGUGCACUGAUAACCUUUCUCAAGUCCAACGACAAGAACUGAUACAGAAAAAAAUCACCGAAAUGGGAGCCAGUAAUAUAGUAAAUCAGGAAGAAUUUUUAGACAUGGUUCAAAUUCCCACUGACGACGCAGAGAGAAACAACGCUAAUUCAGAAAUGUCUGUGAAGAAAAAUCAUUCUACAGGAAGCCAUGGAGUCAAUUUGUUCCACUGUCUAGAGGAAUUACAACUUGAAGAAAUAGAGGAUUCUAUGAGUAAUAUCUUCUUUGAUCCUAUGCACAUUGACGUCUUGACCGGAAUUCCACUUCCUCAUUUAACAUACUUUCUUAGACAACUAUUUCCAGCCCAUAUGAUCUAUCCGUAUAUUUCGGCACGUGGUCCACUUAUUUUUCCUGAUAUAUAUUUGCACUGCAUUGGAUCUUUCGCAGAUGGUAUCAAUGUUUUCUUACAAGACAUAAGCAAAAAUCAAUCAAAGCGUCUCUUUUAUAAUAGGCACGGCCAAAAAAGAGUUGGAUUGGUUGUUCUCACGCCAAGAAACAAAAUUGUGCGACAUUCUGAUAUAAGUGAAGGUAAAACCUCAGUAGUGAGUAUUUUUGCAGACUCAACAAAUACCCACCCAGGGUACUGUCAUUUAAAAUUGCCCCAAUAUACGAUGGGAAUAAGCGAAAAACAAAUUCUUUACAAGGGAUCCGACAAGUUUCUCAGAGAAAUAGAAGUAGAAGCUGAAGUUUCCUUACCAGCAGAUGUCGAGAUAAGGUACAAAGGACUGGUUUGUGAAACUUUUCCUCCAUCAGCCCAGGAAUGGAGAAAUCGACAAAGAAAAUUUACAUUUCCCUCUCGCAAACUCAUGCAAAAGGUUUUAAAAAUGAAAUGUACAUUGAUGAAAAAGGCACAUCCUCGAAGCAAAGAACCUGAUAUUGAAUGGAAAUAUAACUUCUCAAUGGCUGAAUACAUCAUUUUCACAACUGGUCUUACCGAAUUCCAGUAUCACGGAUUUUUGGUGUUCAAAGUUUUGGUCGAAAACGUGACUAUUCAUCUUCCGAAACGAUUGAAGAAUAAACAUUUGAAGGCUGUGUUCAUGGGUGCUCUUGAAGAUAUACCUUGCGCAGCCUGGGAAACCAGUUUUAGUGGAUGUGUUCUGUUUGUCAUAAGUGCAUUGCUGGCCUGUUUAAAGGGCAAAUUCCUUCCACAUUAUUUCAUUCCAACAAACAAUCUUAUAGAAUGUUACUCAUCUCAAGAAAUUGAAGCUGUUUGUGUAAAUAUUGAAUGCAUACGCUUGUUUCCGGUGGAAGUCAUACAAAACAUAGCAGAAAAUCAUGGAUAUCAUUAUGCACCAAAACUGAUACAAAUGGUUUUUGAAAAUUGCAAAUCCUUUUUGCACAAUGAAAAUUUGGCAUCAUCAUUAAUGAAUGCUUUCACGCCUGGAACCUUGCGUUCUAUCAAAGUCAUGACGCGACUCGGAUUUUAUAGUACGGCAUUUCAACUUUUACAAUACGUCCACGAACAAUUACUUUUAGUAGCAAUGCCAAUGGACAGUUAUGAUAUGCCAAGUUUCCUUGAAUUCUUUCAAAUAGCUUUGAAAAGCUUGCGCCAAAAAUCAUCACGUAUUAUUUUGGCAAAACAUUUUGACAUUCGAUUUCAGACUGAUAUCUUAAAGGAGCACAUUGAUGAUAAGGCAACAUACGCUAAAGAUGUCUUACCAUGGGCAGCAGACUUUAGAAUUGGAUGGAUGGAAAUUCCAAAAGAAAAGUCUACAGAUUUUUAUACCCUUGCUGAUUGCUUUUAUGCAUAUAGCUGUAGAGAAUUUGACAAACGAAAUUCAUGCCUUUCUACCUUGGCUAUUGAAACAGGAAUACGUUGUAUUAUAAAGGCCAUCAAUACUGAUACAAUUAGGAUGGAAGAAAUAGAAGAUCAGAUUCUAAAAGAAGAGAUCAUAUCCCAAAAAGAUCAGAUGAUGGGGGACCUGAAGAUGAAGCUUAAGAUGUAUUAUUUACAUAUUUACGCUGUAUCAAAACUGUAUUUUUCUCUUGAUCCAUUAAUAAACCACAUCGAUGACAUUGAAAAACUCUGUGAAGAGCUUCCGGAAAUGUCACUCGACGUCAGCAUAAUGUUUAGAUAUUUGCACAAACAAGAUAAAGCCUUGGAGUACGAAAAAAAAUUUUAUUCGGUCUAUAAGGGGAGAGAGAAUCCAUAUGAUUUUUAAAGAUGUUUCAUACAAUUUUAUAACUCAACGAAAUUAAGUUUAUGAAAACAACUAAAAUGUUAGCACUCCUUGAAAAUUUUAUAUGUGAAGUUGAAGUUUGUUCGACAUAACAAUGAAUGUCAUUCACUGGAAAUGUGAUAUACACAGUAAUUUUUGUGGAACGUUGUUCCCCUUUUGCGAACAAACCAAUAUUUGGAGUCAUGAUGUAUAAAUUAAAGAAUCUACAGUAAGUUAGGAAUGUUUGAAUUAUUUUUAAAGAGAAUUCUGCUUCUUUAUUUGCAUGUAUUUCAAGAAUAAUGAAAAACUUAAUCAUGAGAUAUUAGAGUAGAUGAUUCCUCUAAAAUAAGUUGUCUUUUUUGUCAUCUUGUCACUAACAUUUGAAAAAUAAUGUGAAAAAGAAGAAAAGCAGCAUGGGAAUAAAACAUCUAC